GACAUAACAUACGCCUUACUCUGUUCUCUCUAUUUCAACUUUCCUUAUUUUCAACCUCUUCCACUAGCUUGGUCUGCUAUCCAUGACGGUUGACCUAUUACUUUGUUGUGGACAUUCAAGCGAUAAAUAACAACUUCGCUAUUUUAAGGGAAGGUCACGGUGUAGCAGUGUAACGCCACUACAACUUCUUACAGCUAUGGCGGGGGAAGAACGGACUCAUUUUGGACGCUGCGCCUCUUGGUGUGUACUGCUGUUGAUUUUAGCGUGUGCUCACCAUGCAUCAUCCAUCUCACAGCUGUCUGACACCCACGGUAUAAUCCAGUCUACUAAUUACCCAUUACCCUAUCCGGACAAUCUCAAUGUACGAUGGGAGAUCAAUGUCAAGGCAGGACACCGUGUUAAGCUCUAUUUUAUUGAGUUCGAUCUGGAACCUGGAACCAAGGGAUGCAAUGCCGACUAUGUCUUAGUUUUGUCAGGUAACAAUACUUUGGGGAAGUUCUGCGGCCGUGAGACUCCUGACGUCAGCCUGACGUCACUCUCCAACAAUAUGGUGGUUGUGUUUCACUCGGAUUACUCUACUCCUAAGAGACACACCGGCUUUGAUGCACAUUACGUUGCAGAAGAUAUCAAUGAAUGCAAGGACGGGACAGAUGAAUGUCAACAUUUCUGCCAUAACGGCAUUGGCAGUUUCUACUGUUCAUGUCAGUUUGGGUACACAUUGUCUCAAGAUCAGAAAACAUGCACAGUUCAUUGUUCGGGAAACGUGAUCGAGUCUCCAUCGGGUGUGAUUACGUCACCUGGAUAUCCCUACGCGUAUCCUCGUCAGUCUGAAUGUGAUUGGCUGAUUCGAGCUGAGGCCGGUUACGUCAUAAGUUUGACCUUUGAAGAUUUUGACGUGGAGAGCCACUCGGAUACUAAAUGUCCGUACGAUGCGCUGAGGAUCAAGCAAGACAAGCGAACCCUUGGUCCUUUCUGUGGCAACAUGACGUCCGAUUGGCCUCAAGAGAUCCAAGCUGAUGAACUGAUCAAGAUUUUCUUCGUAUCUGACGAGAGUGGAUUGAACCGUGGUUUCAGAGCUAGGUUUAGAUCUUCGGGUAAACCAUGUGAGGAGAUUGAAGGCCCCACCAAUGGCGUCAUGUCUCUGCUUAACAACACAGUAGGCAACCAAGCAUUAUUUAGCUGUGACGAAGGAUAUCGACUAGUUGGUCAAGCUUCAAGAACUUGCCUUACAUCGGGAAAAUGGUCAGGAAAUGGAACAACGUGUGAAGUGGUCGGGUGCCCUCGUCUGCAACCCAGAGUCAACCGCGGGAGGAUAACAAUGAGUCAAGAUCCACCAAUUUAUGACUCCUCGGCAAGCUAUUCUUGUGACUCCUUUUAUGAACUGAACAGCCUCGAGGUCGUCAGAGUUUGCCAAAGUGACGGGACGUGGUCCGGAGAGGAACCAAAAUGUAUCCCAAUAUGUGGGAAAAGCAGCAUUACACCUCAUGACUCCCGUCCUAAAUCACGCAUCAUUGGCGGUACAGAGGCACGAGAGGGCUCUUGGCCAUGGGUUGUGAAGAUAGAAGCUAGAUCCAAAACCUUUAGAGUGAAUAAUCUGUGUGGUGGAUCUCUGAUUAGUGAGAACUGGGUACUGACUGCUGCUCAUUGCGUCACGGCAAGAAAGAUCAAACUAAAAGGACUUUAUGGACAGAAGUUACCAGCGGACUCGAUAACUAUCUCACUUGGGAUUCAUGCGUUUAAUGGAAACAACAUUGAGAGAGGAGUUAUCGAAGUCUUCAGAGCGCCCUCUUACGACACAGCUCUGUAUGACGGUGACGUUGCCUUAUUGCUUCUGGACAGCCCAGUUGUCUUGACCAGACAAAUCCGACCACUUUGUAUCCCGGAUGAUGAAACAUUCAGUGAUGAUGAAUAUUCAGAGUUUGUUACCCUUGAAGACACCGAAGCUAUUGCAGUUGGAUGGGGUACAACUAGCAGGACAUCAAGAUCAGAGACGUUGCAACAAGUUUAUCUUCCUCUUGUUAAUCUUGAGACGUGUAACGACGCCAUGCAUAGUCCGGUGACAGUGGACAUGUUGUGCGCGGGACUUGCAGAUGGAGGUCGUGAUACGUGUUACGGAGACAGUGGAGGUCCUUUAAUGUUGAAGGCUUCCAACGAGAGAUACUAUGCCUACGGUAUAACAUCAUGGGGAGAAGGUAAUUGUGCACAGCAAGGUAAAUACGGGGUCUAUAGCAGAGUGGGCAACUUUGCUGACUGGAUUCGGGAGGUCACUCAAAUUUAAUCGGACGUCCACUCAUGGAAACACGUUCUUAAAUCUGGACACUAUUGGGAACAACUCGAAAUAAUUGUUAGCAUAAAACCUUACUUGGUAAUUAGCAAUGGAGAGCUGUUGAUAAAAUAAAACAUUGUAAACAACUGCUCCCUCUGAAGUAAAGAGGUAAUAAUAUCUCACUCUAAUAUAUUCAGCUGAUUGCACACAAAUUAAAUGUGCAACAAGAAUGCUUGCCAAAUUUCUUAGUUCCAAUUUGUUAUUUUAUCCAUGUAAUGCUGAGAUACACCACAUGAGAAUUGUUGACUUUGUCAAAAAAUGAUUAACAAAGGUGUUCAGUGCCUUAAUCUUCAUUUCGGCUUUGUUUUGAGGCUCUUAAUUAAGAGGAUCCGUUUAUAUGCACGGAACAAAUCAUCAACAUAACACUAAGAGCCAAAUCAUUGGUUUAUAAUGAUAAUUCAUGUUCAUUUAUUGUAAGACAAAGUAAACAUUAUGUAAGCUUUAUGUAACGGCACUUUUAUAGUAACCAAAACAGUGUACGAAAUAGUGAACGACCAAUUAUGUGUUAAACUCACAAUUUCUUUCCGUUUACAAUGUGAUGUACUUUAGAAUGUGUUAUAGUACUUAUAUUACAUCUCGCAUCAUCAUACUACUUACUUAGAAUGUGUUAUAGUACUUCUAUUACAUCUCGCAUCAUCAUACUACUUACUUAGAAUGUGUUAUAGUACUUCUAUUACAUCUCGCAUCAUCAUACUACUUACUUAGAAUGUGUUAUAGUACUUCUAUUACAUCUCGCAUCAUCAUACUACUUACUUUAGAAUGUGUUAUAGUACUUAUAUUACAUCUUGCAUCAUCAUACUACUUAUAUUUCAUGGUAGCUUUGAGGUUAUCUUUUUGUAACCAAUAGUAAAAGCAACGGAUUCAAUAUUAAAGGGAAGACGUUAAAACAAACUA